CUUGCUGGUUUGCCUGAUCGUGAGGAAGUUUUUCUGCACUUCACCGGUCAGGAAGGUGGCGGUAGUGAAUGGCUUGACGGCUCAUUGUAAAUAAAAACGGAUGGCUGACUCGGCGUCCCUGGAGGACACGCUGCCCGAUGAGGAGAGGGAGUUUCGGAAGAUCAUAGGUUUGAUCGGAGGUAAAGAGAGGAUUCAUUUGGUGAGUGAUCAAUGUCAAAGUAAACAGGUGGACGGAGAUGACGCUGAGAUAUUGCAAGAGUUCCUCCGUGAAAUGUUCCCUGGCAGCCUGGCGAACAGCAACGGGCAGCCCCUCUCCUCUCCGUCAAACGGCGAUAAUGCAAGUGAAAAACACGUAUGUUUCAAGCCAGAGACUGAUAAAAUCAACGAGAUACAUCUUACAGAGAGGCCCAAAGAUUUGGACUUGAGAGCCUGUCCUGUGAGAGAGGACGGGGAGAAGGAGGAGCGGUCAACGCGCAAUGGCAACGCUCAGAAAACAGCAACGCGGAGGGCAAACAUUUACAGCCGAGAGCGAACCAUUGAUUCUGCUGUCAUCAUAUUCAUCUUCAGGCAGACAUUUCUCAGCAAAAAUACAAACGAACUGUGCUUAAAGGAGAUCUUGAAGGACGUAAAGGCGCGUACGAAACGUGCCAGAAUCGCCCGACCAGCUUUGAUUGGAUUAAUACGCACCAGACAGGAGAGCGCCGAGACGCAUCAGUGUGCGCAACUCCUGGAGCGUCUGAUCCGCUCAGUGUUCCACAAACAUUCACCAGAGACCGUGUGGGUCGGCUGUUUCAUCCCGGAGACACAAACCCAAAUAAUCAGCAUCAAGAAAAACGCCUGCAAAGUUAUAAACUCAUCUCAAACAGCAGAUAAUACCAGGGAUACAGGGAACUCGCUUUUCUGGCCAUUCCAAUGUUUGUUCUGGCCUCAGAGAAGAAGAGCCGGAGGCCAGGCCAAUGACUCUUCAACCAGCAGGAAAAGAGGUGAUACUGGAAAUAUAGAGGAAAGCAUCCCUCUGCAAACCAAUUCCUUGUCUGCUGUACCUCGUGUGGAUGGAGAAUCAGCUGGAGGAGACAGCUGAUGACAGGACACAUGACCUGGGGCUGGAGGCAUAUCACUGUAGACAGUCCUAUUUUUACUGUGAAAUUGGCCUCAUGGUGCUACAGAGCCUUUCUACAUGUUUACAGUGUUCCUUUGUGGUGCUCAGUAUUCCCACUGCUGAGCCAACAUGAUUCUUGUCCUGAAGCAGUAUGUUGCUAAAUAGUCGCUGUUGCCAUCUUGCUUUUUUUACACAUUGUCUUUGAUGUACAAUGGUUAGUCACAAAGAGAUACUGUGACCAGUUAGUCAUAUGUUGUGCUAUUCUCUUUGGUUUUUUUUUUCCACCUAGAUAGAGAUUUACCUGCAUAUUUCACUAGGCUUACAGCAGAAGUACUCCUUUUUUAAAAUGAUGCUGAACACUGGAUUACCUACUGGCCCCAGAACGGUGGCUUCAAGAACCCAAGGCUUCUUGUGUGUCAUCUGGUUUGUGCUAAUUGUAUUGACAAUUAAUUGAGAAUAAACACUGCCAAAUCACAACAUCAA